AUGGACUCAUUUUCAUCGCCAUCGAGUGCUUCAUCUCCACAAAUGUCACCUGAGUACUUGAUGAACCAGGUCAAAACCGAGCUUGCACAAGUUUAUGCAGAGGAGUUCCUCGAGACUGUAAGAGGCAAGUGCUUUGACAAGUGUAUAACAAAACCAGGUAAUAGCUUGAGUGGGAGUGAGUCUAGCUGCAUCUCCAGAUGUGUCGAGCGUUACAUUGAGGCCACUGGCAUUGUUGCUAAAGCUCUAUUUACCCAACGUUGA